UAUUAAACAUUGUACAACAGUACAGUUACAGCUUCUUCGAAGCAGCUCCUGGUUUUACCUGUCCUUCCACAGAGCCAUGUUGAUGUCUGAUAAAAGUAACAGGCAGUAAUGAAAGUCAGACUUUAACAGACCGUCAUUUACUAAAGUGCCUUUAUUAGUACUUUUUUAUUGUCCAGACGGAGAAAGUGCCCAGUAAAACGAAAGAAGGGUCCACAAGAACGUCCUUCACACUAAGAAUACCUGUCUGUGUUCUCUCUGUUCACAUCACUUUGAUGUCAAGUACCAACCUGUCUGUUGGACAGGUUUUCUGGUCACCACUGCAUCCUGACGUCUGGACCAUGUCCCAUGUUUAAGCCUCACACCCCUCUGUCCACAACAACAGGUUUUAAAACUGAAGUGGACGCAGCAACUAAUUGAGUUAUGGCUCUGAGUCAGUAAACUACUUCACCAGUGCUCUCACUGCCGUCACCGCUGGAGCCAGGAGCUGACAUCGUGAUCGUCCUUGUCUGAUCAAUGAGACUGAACCGAGGAGAGAGGGGAGGAGGGGGAGGAGGAGAUGGAGGAAGGGAAGUAAGGAUGUGUCUUCAGCUCCUCCCAUAAUUAAGUUAGUAAGCUGUGCUGCUGGAGGUCCAUGUUACGGGACAGAGGAGGGAGUUUACUUCACUCACUGGACAGUGAGAAACGGGCUGAUCCAGGACCAGCUAGGAGGGGAAGGUGGUGGCAGCAGCAGCAGCAGCAGCAGCAUCACCUGCCUCACCCUGGACUUCCACCAUUGAAUUUUCGUCCAUUUCCUCUGCUGCCUGACUCAGCAUCAAUCCACCAUCAUGUGUGACUGUUUCCACCUGGCGUUUCCAAACUGGCACGCCGCCUCCUCUGGGACUGGUCCUGGUCGGAGGCUGCAGGGACCAGAACCCAGUACAGGGGACAAUUCAGUAUGUGACGAACCAGCUCAGUUCACUGAGGAGAGACCACGCCCUCAAGGAUCGUCCCCUGUCGAGGAGUUUCCUGAAACGGAGAAAUUCGACAGUGACAAAGAGUGUGAACAUGACCCAUGCCAAAAAGGUGGCAUUGGAAAGAAACCUAAAAAGUCUGGACUUGGGUCCAUGUUUGAAAAACGCUCAACUCCAAAGAUGAGUAAACUAAAGGAACUUCCAAGCCCUGAAUCUGGGGUGAUAGUGAAAACAGCUAAAGAUGGAAAUGCAGAGGGUCUCAUUUAUGGUGGAGGAGGCAAAGAGGGGCUUUUCAUUAAGGAAGUUGUACCAGAGUCCCCAGCAUCAAAAAAUCUGAAACUAAAAGAAGGUGAUCAGGUUCUAAGCGCCACUGUGUAUUUUGACAACGUUCCUUAUGAGGAUGCCAUUCAGAUUUUGGAGCAUGCUCAGGCUUACAGAAUGAAACUCUGCUUGAAACGUAAACCAGAAAUAAUCAAGACUGAACCAGCGAUGGAAACUGAACUUAUCCCUGAGGAGGAGUGUGGUGUUCUAGAGAUGAGGGAACCAGGAAAAACCAAAAGACGUGGAGAUGCUCGCAUUUCAUGGCCAAAGUUUCCCUCUUUUGGAAAAGGGCGGAGGUCCCGCUUUACAAGAUCCCACAGUACCUCAGAGGCUGACGAGCAGAGAAAACUAGAGCUCAGUCCCACCACAAGUGACACAGAGUCUCCUAUUAAAUCUCAGGAUGUUCUCAAAGGCAAGAAGAGGCACAAAGUGAAGCUUCCUGCUCUGACGAAAAGAGGCCGGAUCAGUUCAUCUGAAGAACAGGACUCAGACUUACCAACAACUGGGCCGACCAGCGGGGACAUUCAUCAGACAGUGGCUGACAUGUUAUCACCUGAAUGCCUUGGGAGCCCUGAGGAAGAUCUUAAAGUAGUAGAGGAAUUUAUACUUGAGCAAAAUUACCAAAAAGAGACUGAACCUCAAAUUGUUCAACACAAGGUUGAACUGAUCAGUAUAGGCAGCUCCCUGAAAACAGAAGAUACAACUGCUGCUUUGGCAGAUCAAGGAAGCCCUUGCAAAUCUCCCAAAGAAAAGAAAAGUAAGAAAGAUAGAUCACAAUUAAAAAUUAAAAUUUUGGGUAAGGAGAGAUCACACAAAAAAGACACAAAAGCAAAAGGAUCACCAAAAAGGCUGAAAACACUAGGGGCCAGUAUUGAGAAAGCAGAACAAAAUGGAGCGGAAAAGUCAGACACCAUCAAAGUCACUGAAUCACACGCAGAACUACAGGGAGACAAUCUUGCACUGGAUGCUAACACUCAAAUAAGUGACAGUGAAAGCUCAAUGGCCAGGACCUUGACAACACAGAUGGACAUCAGCAUUCCAACAAUUGAACUAGAUUUCUCCGAUGUCCCUUUUAUGCGCAAAUCUCCACAAAAAGAACAAGCAAAGAUGGAAGAUAUUAAGUCAAAGCAGGAAACAAAAACUGCAUUUAAAUUGCCUAAACUUGGCUUUAGUGAUAUUGAGACAGAGGAAACUAUUCAUGGGGCCAAUGUUAAGGAAUGUCCUACUAAAUCUAAGAAGCUUCUUUACGAAGAUACAACAGUGAAAAGGGAUCCUUAUGACCAGUUGUCCGAACGCACUCACACCAGAGCCCAACUGCCCAAACGUGAGGACAUAGAGAUUCCAGGUAUGGAAGACAUGUCUGUUAAGGCCAAAACCAAGGGAAUUAAAGUGCCUAAGGUGGCUUUAAGUGGACAUUAUGAUGAAAUUAAAUCUGAAACCGUACAAAUGUUGAUUGAUGUUGACAGUGUAAAAGAAGCUGUUUCAAAAUUGCCUGGAUAUAAGUUACCCAAAGUAGACACAUCAGGUAUGCCUAUUCCUGAAGAAAUCACGGUGAUCGAUGCAAAUGCACAAAGAAUAUCAGUGAAAACUCCUACUAAGGUUUCAUCUACCAAAUCAAAACAUGAGAUGCAUCUCACUAAAAAUGACAUGCCCAUCGCAGAAACUAAUGUGCACAUUAAACCACAUAGAAGAGAAACAGAUUUGAAAAAAGAGGUGUACAAACGAGAAGAAAUAAUAAUUCCUGGCACAGAAAGUAAACAAAAAACUGAGAAAACACAGGAUGCAAUAGGUACUACCUUUGAAAGCCAAUCGACUGCUAUGCCUACACUUUAUAAAUCAAACGAAAGAUCAACCAAAUCAAAAACAAAAUCUGAUGCCAAGAUAUCUGGAAUUGAAAGCAUUGAAUACAUUGACUCAACUUCAGAUUGUCUCGUUAAAUCAGGACAAGUUUUACUAGACAUUUCCUUAAUAAAUUUGAAAGGAUCUAAAACUGCUUUCGGACUCUCAAGGAAAGAAGAAGACACCAUAGCCCCCCAAACAAAAGCUGAGUACAAUGUUUUAGACAACAAAAAGGAAGCUCACUUAUCCAAUUUGCAGACCAAAGGUGAGCCAAAGGAAAAGGAAGCUAUAUUUAAAAUGCCAAAAUUAGGUUUUGAGUUACCAAAGUAUAAAGGUCCUGAGAUUUCUAAAUGUACAACUAUGGAAGACCAUAAUACGACAGCACCAAAGAUUAAAGCCAAAGUAACACUCCCAAAAACCCCUGAGGUUGUUGGGGAUGUUUCAAUAGCAGAGCAAAGCUGGAAGUCAGCUAAAGUAGAAGUCAAAGCUAUGGAAAUGAUGCUUGAUGAACAAGAAAGCAAAGUUAAGAUUCCAUCAUUAGGAAUUACAAUGCCAAAAAUGGAAACACCUAGACUAGAAUCAAGCAGCCCGACGCAGCCCGACGAUCCAGAAGUUAAUGUUACUCUUACAAGUGGAGAUAGAUCCAUUCCAGAGCAAAAAAUGAAACUGGACACAUGUGAAUUGGAAAUGGAAUCCACACAGUUUGAGGUUGAGCAUGAUCUUGAGGAUGGACUUGAUAAAAGAGGAAGCAAAUUUAAGAUUCCAAAGUUUGGAAUUAAAAUGCCCAAAAUUAAGGGACCGGAAUUUGACUUGAGCUUGUCCAGAAAAGAUGAUGAUGUCACAUUACCAGAAGGCAAAGUUGAAGUCACACUCCCAGAUGUUCCAGACGUGGAUGUUUCUUUUGGAAAAGUAGAUUUUUCAGUUCCAAAGCAAGAACUGGAUGUCGAAAAACCUGAUUUGGAAAUCAAGGCUCUUGAAACAGAUGCUAACCUUGAUGGACAAGGAAGCAAAUUUAAGAUGCCAAAGUUUGGAAUAAAAAUGCCAAAAAUUAAAGGACCCGAAAUAGAUUUUAGCAUGUCAAGCAAAAGUGAUGGUGUCACAUUACCAGAAGCUGAAGCUGAGGUCAUACUCCUGGAUGUUCCGGAUGUGGAUGUCAGUGUUGAAAAAGUAGACCUUUCUGUUCCAAAGCAAGAACUGAAAGUUGAUAAACCAGAUUUGGAAAUCAAGCCUCUUGAAGUUGAUGUUGAGCUUCAUGGACAAGGAAGCAAAUUCAAAAUGCCAAAGUUUGGAAUUAAAAUGCCAAAAAUGAAAGGACCUGAAUUGGAUUUUAGUUUGUCCGAGAAAGACAUGGGAUCUACCCUACCAGAAGUUACAGCAGAUAUUAAACUUGCAGAGGCACCAGAGGUUAAAGGUACUCCUGGAAGUGUAGGUGUAUCUAUUUCAGAGCAAAAAGUUGAAAUUGAAAAGCCUGACCUAGAAAUCGAACCUCCACAUACAGAAUUUGAACAUGAUGAACACAGGACCAAAUUCAAGAUGCCAAAGUUUGGCAUUAAAAUGCCAAAACUGAAGGCACCUGAAAUGGAUUUAAGUUGGUCCAAGAAAGAUGUAGAUAUCACACUAAUCGAAACUAAGGCUGAAGUGAAACUGCCAGAAGCUCCUGAAGUUGAUGUUACACUAAAAAAUGUAGAUGUUUCUCUCCCAGAGCAGAAGAUCAUAGUUAUACAACCUGAAGUGGAACCCAAAUCUCUAGAAACCAAGGUUGAGAUUGAUGGACAAGGAAUUGAAAAGCCAGAUUUGGAGAUCAAACCUCUUGAAACUGAUGUUAAACUUGAUGGACAAAGAAGUAAAAUGAAGAUGCCAAAGUUUGGGUUUAGAAUGCCUAAAAUGAAAGGUCCUGAAUUAGAUUUUAGUUUGUCCAGAAAGGAUGAUGAUGUCACAUUACCAGGAGCUAAAGCUGAGAACACACUGCCAGAAGUUCCUGAUGUAGAUGUUUCUCUUGGAAAAGUAGAGUUUUCUGUUUCAGAGCAAAAGCUGGAAGUUGAAAAACCAGAUUUGGAGAUCAAACCUCUUGAAACUGAUGUCAAACUUGAUGGACAAGGAAGUAAAAUGAAGAUGCCAAAGUUUGGGUUUAAAAUGCCUAAAAUGAAAGGACCUGAAUGGGAUUCAAGUUUGCCCAAGAAAGAUGUGGAUGUCACGCUAACAGAAACAAAAGCUGAAGUGAAACUUCCAGAAGCUCUUGAUGUUGAUGUAACACUACACAGUGUAGAUGUUUCCAUUCCAGAGCAUGAACUCGUAGUUAUAAAACCUGAAGUGGAAAUAAAACCUGUAGAUAUCAAAGCUGAGGUUGAUGGACAACGAAGCAAAUUCAAGAUGCCAAAGUUUGGAAUUAAAAUGCCAAAAAUAAAAGGUCCAGAAUUGGAUUUGAGCUUGUCCAGGAAAGAUGGUGAUGUCACAUUACCAGAAGCUGAAGCUGAGAUCACACUCCAAGAUGUUCCUGAUGUAGAUAUUUCUCUUGUUCCAAAGCAAAAGCUUGAAGUUGAACAAUCUGAUGUGGAAAUCAAACUACAUGAAACUGAUAAUGAUUUUGAUGGACAAGGACCCAAAUUCAAGAUGCCAAAGUUUGGAAUAAAAAUGCCUAAACUUAAAGGGCCAGAUGUGGAUUUAAGCAUUUCCAGGAAAGACAUCGAUGUCACAUUACCAGAAGCUAAAGCUGAGGUUCCAGAUGCCCCCAAGGUUGACGUAACUCAUGGAAGUGUGGAUUUGACUUUACCAAAAGCUGAAGCAGAAAUAGAUUUCCCGGACGUUGAAUUAAAAGAACCUCCUGCCAAUGUAGAUAUUAAGGUCCCUGGGAUUGAAACUCAAACAGGCAGCACGAAAGAAUCCCCAUCUAAAUUUAAAUUACCUUCAUUUAAAUUUCCCAAAUUUGGAGUUGCUCUUUCCAAUGCUAGUGCGGAGGCACCUGAUGUGGGCGAAGGCCUAAAAGUUGAGGCUAAUGUCCCAGAAAUUUCUGGAGUUGAUGUUAGUCUUGGGAAGGCAGAUGCAAAGAUGGAAAUUGAAAAACCUGAAGCUGAAUUAAAACAGUUACAACUGGAAAGUGAACUUGAUGACAAAGGUAUCAAGUUCAAAAUGCCAAGGAUUGCAAUGUCAAUGCCAAAAGUAAAAGGACCUGAAAUUGAUUUCAGUCGGUCAAAUAAAGAUGCAGAAAUCAAAUUACCAGAGGGUGAAGCAGAAGUUGAUUUACCUAAUGUUGAACUAAAAGAAUCGUCUGACAAGGUAGACGUUAAAGUUCCUGAGAUUAAAGCUCAGAUGAGUAGCGUAAAAGGCUCUCCUUCCAAAUUCAAAUUACCAACAUUUAAAUUUCCCACAUUUGGAAUUGGUACUCCAGAUGCCCAUGCUGAAAAACCUGAUGGAAAAGACAUGGAAGUCGGGGGCCAAAUAACAGGGGAGUUUGAUGUUAAUCCAGAAAUGGCUUCAGUCUCAAUUUUAGGAGAAAGUGAACUUUGUGAAGAGGAAAGAAAAGUAAAAAUGGCAGAGGUUGGGAUGUCACUGCCAAAACUGAAAGGACCUGAAAUGAAUAUCAGCAUGUCAAAGAAAGAUGCAGAAGUCAAAUUAAAAGAAGCUGAAGAAACUUCUGCUAAAGUUGAGAUUAAAGAAAUAGAAGACACAAAAGGCAGUUUAAAAGAAUCACCAUCAAAAUUUAAAUUUCCAACAUUUAAAUUCCCCAAAUUUGGAGUUGCUCUUCCCAGUGUUAGCACUGAGGUGCCCAGUGUAGACAAAGAUGUAGAAGUGGAGGUUAAAGUCCCAGAGUUACCAGACAUCGAUGUAAAUCUGGGAAUAACUGAGGUUUUAGUUCAAGAAGCACAAAAACCUGAAAAUGAAAUAAAACCACUGCAGCAAGAAGGAGAACUUGACAAUCAAGAAGGCAAAUUGAUGGUGUCAUUGCCGAAGAUAAAUGAAGAAGGAGAAAUAAAAUUACAAGUCAAGGAAGUCCAACUAAAAACAGAGGUCAAAUCACCGGACAUUGAUGCCCAAAUAGGCAGUGUCAAAGGAUCACCAUCCAAAUUAAAAUUGCCAACAUUCAAAUUUCCUAAAUUUGGAAUUGCUACUCCCAAUGUUAGUGCUGAGGUACAGGGUGCAUACAAAUAUGGUAAAUCUGACAAUGAGGAGAUGAACAUGCCUAAAAAUGUCACUGAAGGAGAUAUUGCAGUACAGAGUAUUGAUAUCAAACGUUCUUCUAUAGAUUUAAAGACAAGUGAACCUAAGAGUGAUGGUAAAGGCAGCAAGUUUAAAGUUCCAAAGUUUGGAUUGUCCUUGCCAAAAGUGCAAGGGCCCAAAAUAGAUCUAACGGUCUCCCAUAAAGAUGUAAAGGUCAACUUGCCAGACGUUGAAGCAAAGGAUGACCUCCAAGAAAUCCCUGACAUUGAUGUUCAUCUUGGAAAAGCUGAGGUUAUAAUUCCAGAAGCAAAGAUUGAAAUUCAAAAACCACAGGUUAAACUCAAACCCUUAAAAUCUCAUGGAAAAAUUGAUGGACAAGGAGGCAGCAUGUCAAUAAAAGAUGCACAUAUUAAAAUCCCAGAAGCUGAAGCAGAAGUGAGUCUUUCUGAUGUUGAACUAAAAGGUCCUACUGCCAAAAUGGAAGUUACUGCUCCUGAGAUUGGGGUGCAGUCUGAGAGUCUUAAAGGAUCACCAUCAAAAUUUAAAAUCCCGACAUUUAAACUACCCAAAUUUGGUAUGGGUACUCCGACCGUCAGUGCUGAGGUACCUGAUAUAGAAGAGGACAUAAAUGUUGAAACUAAAAUUGCAGAAGUCCCUGGAAUUGAUGCUCAGCUUGGAACAGAUGUUACAAUUACUGAAACAAGGGAAGAGAUUCAAAAACCUGAUGUGGAAAUAAAACCCUUGCAGCCUGAAGUUGAACUUGGUGGGCAAAGCAGCAAGUUGAAAAAAUCAAGGUUUUCUUUGCCUAAAAUUUCCCGUUCAAAACCUAGUGUCAAAGCCACUGAGGUUGAUGUCAGUCUUUGUGAUGUGACUGCUGCACUUCCAGAUACAGACACUCAAUUGGAAGGAGAAGUGGAUAUGACACACCCUGAGCAGGAAGCAGGUGUCGACGGACAAGAAAUCAAAUUUAAAAUGCCAAAGAUAGGAGUCACAAUGGAGGAAGUUAAAGGGCCGCAGAUUGAUAUAAGCUUAUCAAAGAAUGAUGGUGAAUUGACAAAACAAGAUGUCACGGCUGAGGUCAAACCUACCAAAGCGCCCUCUGCUGAAACAGAAAUGACACCUAAGAUUAAAGUUGUAACAAAGAAGAAAGAAGGAUCCCCUUCAAAAUUUAAAAUGCCCACAUUCAAAUUACCAAAAUUUGGAGAUGGCUCUCCAAAAUCCACUGCAGAAAUACCAACAGAAAUCAAUGAAGCCGACAUCAAUAAUCCUGAAGAGGUUCUUGCAAUUGAGAUUGCAGCAUCUAGCAUAGCAAAAAAGGGUAUUGAUGACACAAUACCUGAGGUCAAAGUAGAUGUCCAGAUUCCAGGUGCUGAAAAAGAACAAGCAAGUUCACCAUUAAGAUUUAAAAUGCCCACAUUCACAUUACCUAAAUUUGGAGGUGCUGCUACAUCUGUUAAUGUGGAGAUACCUGAUGUGGAGCAAGAAAUUAAGGUGACUGUAGAAGAUAUGAAUAUAACAGGAACAAAAACUGAAGGUAAACAUCCUGAUUUGGAAACUAAUCAGCCUGUGAUUUCAAUGUCAGAACCAGAGGCAGAAGCAGAUGAUGCAAAGCUGAAAAAGACAAGCUGGACUUUGCCCAAAUUUUCAUUUUCAAAAACAAGCGUUAAAGGACCUGAGGUUAAUAUUGACCCUGACAUGCCAGAAGUUGAUGUAACACAACCCACAGAUGGUCACUCAACAGACCCCAAGGAAUCCCAAGAGGUUACAGUAGAGGUGGAACCUGCAACAGAUGUUGACAUCAAAUUGAAAAAACAAAAAUUUUCUUUUCCCAAAUUUUCAUUUUCAAAGCAAAGUUCAAAAGAGUUGGAUGUUGAAGUCAGUGUUCCAGAGGGAAAUGUGGAAGUCAUUACACCUGAAGCAACUGUUAAAACACCAGAAAGUGAUGUUCAGAUACAGGAGCAAAGCAAGUUUAAAAUGCCAAAAUUUGGGAUCUCAGUUCCAAAAGGGCCUGACAUCGACAUAAACCUCUCAAAGAAAGACACAGAUGUAACAGUGCCUAAAGCUGAAAUUGAGGCUAGAGUUCCAGAGUUGGCGUUAGAACCAUCUGAGGGUUCAGCACGGAUAGAUGAGAAAGGAAGCAAGUUUAAAAUGCCCAGGUUUGGAAUCACUAUGCCAAAGGUAAAGAGUACUGAAAUAGACUUGUCAAAAAAAGAUACAGAUGUGACAAUCCCAGAAGUUAAAGCUGAAGUUCAGCUUACAGAGGUGAAACAACCAACUGCAAAAGUAGAAAUUGGCAAAGCAAGUAAGUUGGAGGGCUCUCCAUCUAAACUUAAAAUGCCAACCAUCACAUUACCAAAAUUUGCUUCUACAAAGGUCAGCAUGCAAAUAAGUGAUGUGAAUAGUGACGUUAAAAUUGACAGUGCAAAGGUGGAUGAAUCCGAAGUAGAACCUACAGUUGGGAUUGUUGAUGCUGAAGGUCCGUCUGUAGAGUUAAAGACUAAGGAAGGUGAAAUUGAAGGAUCAGAGAGCAGGUUUAGGAUGCCACGCUUUGGAAUUUCAGUGCCAAAAGUCAAAAGUCCUGAAAUUGACUUGGGCAUGACAAGUAAGACCACAGAUCCACUACCUGGUGUUGACAUCAAGGAAUCUGAAACUUCUGGUUUGGUCCAAGAUGCAUCUACAGCUGAGACUGAAGCAAAGUCUAAACGCCAAAACUGGUCAUUUCCAAAAUUUUCAUUUUCAAAAACUGGUGGUAAAGUCGACGUUGAUGUUGACACUGAAACACCAAAGGAUAACAUCACAUCAGCAGAUGUCAAAGCAGAAGUCCGCUCACCAAAUGUUGACAUUAAAGGGCCGUCGCUACCAACGGAAGAACCUAUUUAUGCUGAAGUUGAUGCAAGUUUUAAAAAAUCAAAAUUUUCACUGCCAAAAAUUUCAUUUUCAAAGUCAAGUGCCGCUGCACCAGAGAGUGUUGAAGUCCCACAAGUUGAAGUUUCUCUUCUGGAAGGAGAAGUAAAAGUUAAACAACCUGAAAUGAAGACCAAAACACCUGAGGUUGAUGUAAAUACAUCACGGACGGAUGCCAACAUCACGCUGCCAGAUGUAAAAGCAGAGGUCAAACUACCAGAGAUUGAGUUCAAAGAAUCUUCAGCCAGUAUUGACACUGAGGCCAAGUCGAAAGGUGUUGGAGGAUCGCCGCUGAAAUUUAAAAUGCCAACAUUUAAAAUGCCUAAAUUUGGUGGUACCACCUAUGAAGUUACUGUCGAGGCAUCGGAUGCAGAAAAAAUUGAAACGGAUGCUGCAAAAUCUGAAGUAGAAACUACUGGCAAAACCAAGGGUCCAAGUGUUGAUGUUAAAAGUGAUACAACCCAAGAUGCAACGUUGGAAGAACAACCGGCUGACAGUGACAGUGCAGGUCAUGACUCUCCAAGUAGAUUCAAGCUGCCAUCAUUUAAAAUGCCUAAGCUGGGUUUUUCAAGAACCAAACCUGAAGAAACUGUCCCUGCUGACCAUGAAGGUAAAGAAAAUCAGCCUGAACCAGGAGGGGAAGGUAAAUCACAAGUAACAUUGACAUCAUUUAAUGACAUUCUCGAAAACAUUGAUGUUAAAAUUGAUGUUUCAAAACCAGAUAAAGUGGAGGAGGACCUUGAAACAAGUGAUCUCAGUGGAACACAGCCUGAGUCAAACGAAAAGGACACAGAUGCAAAGCAAGAUGCAACAAGAAGUCCAGAGAAGACAGGGUGGUUUAAAUUCCCCAGGUUUGGACUGUCCUCUCCAUCAGAACCUGUCAAAACACCUGAAAUAGACAAACACUGGGCUGAAAAGAGCCCAGUAGGAGAAAUGGGGGUGGAGGAAACAAGUCCAAGUCUUUCAGUUCAGUCCUCAGAUGCCUUUGCGGAUGUUAGCUCUACGAUGACAAGUGAACACGUUGGUCUUUCCUUAUCUUCCCCCACUAAGGUUACAGUUAAAUACUCUGAUCCUGACGGGGCUUCAGGAUCUGAAGAAAUACACAGUAAAGUUGUCACUUCCACCACAAAGACUGAACUGAUCUCAGUUGAGCCAAACCUGCCAGAGAAAAUCACUAUACUGUCAUCUGCGGCCUCAUCUUCAUCAGAGGACACACUGCAACUCAAAUCUGGAAAAAUACACAUCAUAACAUCCAACAUACAAGCGACUCCAGAGGCACAUCACGCCAAGCUACUUACUGCUAUCCAAGUUCAACCGACCUCCAAUUUUCCUCUGCAGUCAGAGGCUGGGGAAGCCAUGUCCUGGACUGCUGAAGAAUCCCAAGGUGGCAAGAGAAUGGUUUUUGAAAAGCACUUUUAUCAGGAAACAUCAAGCCAAAAAUGUGAAAGCAAAGAAACAGUUGUAAUAACAAAACAGAUAAGGCAAAUCUCAGGUGAGACUGCCACGUCCAUACAACGACUGAAAGACUCUGUGCACUCCGAAAAAAUGAGGUUUUUCGACGGUGCCAAAAAGUGAAACCAUAUAACAUUACAACAUUACAUGCUGUCUAAAGUCAGUGCUGGCUCUAACUGGUCUGUGGUGUAUUUAGAUUAUUAUAGUGAUGUGAGAUGAAUAAAAGUGAGAGAGAAAACAUGUAGGUAGCAUUGACAAAAUAAAACAAACAGACUUAGCUAAACGUUUAUGAAAACUGCUGUUCCAAAAGUUGUAGCCAUAAAAGUAGUUUGGAAGGAACUCCAUUACCAGUAAUGAAGCAUCAGUGAACAACACUUAAGGAUAUUAUGGUCUUACUGUUUAAGGUUGCCAUGAUGAAUCUACCAUUUACAGCUUUUUUCCUCAAUAGAUUACUACCAACAACAUUGUGACACUUGAUGAAAAGUGCACUUGAUUUAUAAAUGUAGAAAAAUGUGGCUCUUUGGUUGUUAACUCUGGUUGGAUGUUACUUCAUUUGUAAAGCGAUUGAUUUAACGUACGCAUACAAUGUGUUCACUUGUUUUUAAGAGGUGAAAAUGAAUGCAACUCAUGCUCAUGAGUAUGAUAUAGUAUUGUGUAUUUUGAGGCCUGGAUGUGAAUUUUGUAAUCCUGAGGAGGUUGAGAACAAAAACAUUUGAACCGUCUCUUCAGUUGGAGAUAAAAAGAGACAGCCCUCGUGUUUUUCUCAUGUGAGAAUAGUGCUAUAUGGCAAGUUUCAUUGAUGACCCCUAUUUGAUUUCUGACCCAUAUAGGGGUGAGUGUUCAAAAACGUAACAUUUCUCCAAAAAAAAGUAUUAUUUUAGGUAUUUCCCCAACUUGCCCAUGAAGGUCUUUUACAAACCAUUCAUCAUGCAUUUGUUUGUUUCGCAACAUUUAUGCAUAAAUGUAGUCUCAGUGUAGUGUAAUUGUUGGUGCACUACAAUUAAAUAUCAAAUCACAUUUUACUGACAUUCCACCAAUUUUUUACAGUGAUUUUACUCUAGGUUGACAGCAAAAACAUCUCCAAUACAUGAAUGCAGUAUAUGUCAAAGAUAAAUAUGUAUAUAUAUUAUGAUAUUACCAAGCCAUUCCUGUUGCUACAGCUACCAUGUAAAGAAGUGUAACGCAAAACUAAAGUAUAAUGGUUCUAUGAUCAAAAACAGCAAGUUUGCAAAUAUAUUUUUACUAAUACUUUGCAAUUUGGAGCCUUAAUUUGCAACAGUCAGAUAAUUGUUUUAUUGUGUAUUCUUUAAUAUCACUGUAUAAAGUGGGGAUGUGGAAGUGACUGUGAUUGUAUAUAGCUUUUAAUGAACUUUGGAGCUGAUCUGAUUGCUGCUCCUGUUUGUAUUCUGACAAGCUUUAAUUCAAUGUGUUUGCAGAGUUAUACACAAUAAAUGAAAUAUUAUACUGGACAUAAUGGUGACAUAUGUA